UGGUGGAUGUUCGUUCCCUCAAACCGCUUGGUCAUGCUUCUAUGCUCCUUAUUCCCUUGGUCAACCGGACUCUUCAAGGCAACGACAGCUCCCAGAGUUUCAGCGAGUGGCGUCUGGUCCCAUGAAAAUUGCUUCAUUUUCUUUCACCUUCCCAUUUCGUCGUGCGUAGCGAACGCUUCUCGUAUGUACUUCUAACAGCUCGCCCGCCCGCCCCCGUGUUGGAAGCAGUCCUGAGCACCGCCCAGCUGUAUCGACUGGAUCCAGAUGAUAUAUGAUGGGGGUCGAUCCUCUCUCCCCGAUCGCGCCUGUGCGCUUGAGGGCUCUUUUGCUACCCAUUGGCAAGAUUAGACGGUCACGAUUCUUGAGUUUUGCUGCAAGGCUUCAAGCCGAGAACAUUGUCCGCUUGGGCGAUAUUAGUCCCGAUGCGCGCCCAAAUCGAAACAUGUUCUCCCCGCUGGCAUUUCCUACCGGCAUGAUCCUGUAUGAUCUCACCUAUUCCGUGCCGCCGACAUCCCACUUGGAACUGUUUCCUUUCGAAAUCUUCCGUGAGCCUUUGGUGGUGAUUGCGAUUGCCGAUGGAGCAGAACUUGAUGGAAAUACGAAGAAUGGGGCCACAACCUUAGCAGCCGAUCAGCCCCGAAGUCCCGGCGAGUUGGAUCAGCUUCGACAGGAACUGGAAACGCUCAAGCAGACGAACCCAAGAGCUUUGGUACACCAGCUUCUGAUAUUUGACUACGAUGGAGUGGAGAAACUGUUCAAUGGCCCGGACAAUGUUUCAUGGGUGCCGCGACCUCAAGCGUCCAAGGCUACUACAAUGAAAACUGUAUUAUGCGAUAUAACGUCCUUGCUCCUAUCCGAACUCGAUGGGUUCGCGAAGACUGUUCAAAGUAUUCCUACCAUAAAUUCCCCAAGAGCAUCAUCUUGGGGUCCACAUCGAGGGCCUGACAUACGUACGCGCCCAACAGAUCGCCUGUUCCAUCGGAUGACGAUGCCCGCGCAGUUACCAUCCAAAACCAAUGGUGAAUCAGAAUCUCCUAGAAGCUCUAAUCAAGGCUCGCCUGCUCCUGUUGAUCAUGAGACGCCAACUACAUUCGAUGAGAUAACCCGAUCAAUUCAAUUAGCCAAUCGCUCUAAUUCAGUGAGCAAGCCAAAUUCUGUUCCGUCGUCUAAAGAACACAGCCGUGAUCGCAUGUCGGUAAGUGGCAUGAGCGCAACUGAUCGAACAAAAAACCGGAUCAAAGGACGUAUAGGUGUGGUUAUUGGGACAUUAUUCCUCCAAGCAGGCAGAUGGCCGGAUGCUCUCAAGGAACUUGUCGAGGCUGCAUCUAAUGCGAGAGCCAGCAGUGACUAUGUGUGGCAUGCUAAAGCGCUUGAAUCCAUUCUUCUUUGUCUACUGAUGCUUGCUUGGGCUGGGAUGGACUUCCAGAUACCACCUGUAUGCUACCCUGUCUCCGACAAGUCAUCGAAAUUGUCGUACAAUACUACCUUCGACUCGAAUUUGUCCUCUGCAGGGAACCGGAUCAUAUCGCUUCAAAACCUGUCCAACCUGCUUCCAGACCUUUCGAACAAUAUAUUGAAUCUCUACAACCGCGCCGCCAACAUCACCGAUGAACCAUUGCCUCAACUAGUCUAUUCUGAGACUGUCGUACGCCUGGCAAGGCUUUUGGCUGCCGCACGCAUUCGUGAUGGUGCCCUGGAUGAUGUAGCUCUGAAACAUAUCGUCACAAACGAGCCUCUUAUGCUUUUACACCGGCCAGAGCGGCCUCGUGGACUGAACAUCCUUCGGAAAUCUGAGAUCGCGAACUUCCUUUUUCGUGCAUUACCUCUUUCUCCGGGCUCAGACCUGCCUCCCACCGAUGCUAUACCUAUCACCGUCGGCGUGGUCUCUGUACUAAACAUUCUCGAUCUACCACGAAAGAAAGCGUUUUUGCUACGAGAACUUCUUUCACUCAUGAUCCCCACCCUUGUGCAAGCCCGUAAAAUUGGCGCCGCAGAAGUGGGAGUCCAUCCUGCUGCUGGGUUGGCAUCGCUGACCGACACCGCGUUUGAUAUUAAUGCUCUUGACCUUGGUCCGGGGAACAUGGAAGAAAGUAUGCGGUCGCUCCUUGCUGUUAUAGCUGACACAUAUGGCGUUCAGCCGUCUUCCUUUUUCGAGUGGGAGAGAAGAAGAUCAUCCACUCUCAGUACAAGCGAUGCUUUGCCCGACUAUGACUCCGUGGCCGCUAUUGUUGAACGAUCUUUCCGUCACGCUACGUUGGAUCAGUAUGGAGACCCGAAUCUCAAGAUAGAUGUCCUUAAGGCGGCGAUCAGCUCAUGUGAGGCUCUUCCGGAUUUCAAUGGGGUGCUCCGUUUUACCGUUGAACUUCUUCAGACAAUUCAAGGGGACCUGAUGCUUGCAGAGACUCACUUCAACCCUCCUUGUCUGGCUCGGGACGAGCAGGUUCGACUCUUAAAUAACAUCAAAAGAACUGUUGGGGCAGCCAAAAGAUUAGGCUCUUACGAGCUAGAAGCAGAAUACUGGGAUGACUUUUUGAUACGUGGUGUUGAACUCCUGCCCCUCCCAGACCCCAGGCGGCCUGUUCGUCAUUCCAAAACAGACCUCGAUGCAGUCGCAGCAGAUCACGAGAAAUCGGCCAAGGAUCCGUUUCUCUAUAAUCCUUUUGCCAAGGCAAACAUAAAGGCUUCCGAGUCGCUAAUGGUUGCGGGUGAGAAUGCAGCUUUCGAAGUCUCGCUUCAGAAUCCUUAUGACUUCGAGCUUGAGAUUGAGAAGCUAAGCCUCUCUAGCGACGGUGUGCCCUUAGAUGCUGGGGCAGAGUGGAUAUUAGUACCUCCUCUCUCCUUACAUAAAAUCACUGUUUAUGGGCAAGCUCUUGGAGAAGGAGCGCUUAGUGUUACUGGCUGCAUCGUUAAGGUUAGGGAUUGCAGGGAGCGCAGGUUUCCAAUCUUCAAAACACUAUGGAAGCCGCAGACUGAAGUGAAAUUCAAACGCACUGGACUCGCUGCCAAGAGGCCUGCAGUGGAUCGUCCUCUGUCCUGGAGUUCGACAACUUCCAGAGACGGUAAACCGAUCCCCAAGAAGGGCCCUGAGACCUCGGCUUGCGAAGUCAAAGUCAUCGGUAAACAACCGUCUCUAGUAAUUGAGUCCUUGUCUCUUUCCCAGUCAGCAAUCAUGGUAUUAGAAGGAGAAAUUAGCUCCUUCGAUAUCACACUGCGGAAUACAUCACCGUGCCCCCUGAACUUCAUCUUGUUCACUUUUCAGGACUCCACAACAAGACAAGUGCAGGCAGCUCUUAGCAACAAGGACCUCCUACCAGUUGAGAUUUAUGAGCUGGAACUAAAUCUUACUCGAUCUGCGCUGCGCUGGCGCCGAAAGGGUUCAAAUCCUGAAGACCACUCAAUCCUGGCAGGUCAAAGUGCUACCUUCACGAUCGAGGUGUUCGGAAAACCCGGCUUGCAAGAGACUACUGUGCAAAUAGAUUAUUCGUACCUCGGCAUCUCGGACGGCAAUUUGCCUGAUGUCUUCUACACCCGACAGCUGUUCGUCCCGCUUACUGCUACGGUUAAUGCCAGUGUCGAAAUUGCACGGUGUGAUAUUCUACCUCUUAGUAGUGACUUUGCUUGGUGGAAUCGUGACAAUGGCAUUGUGGAAGGCGAAUCUAGCCAUAGCCAACCAUUGGAGUCUGCUUCAAUUUCACCGGUACUCUCCCAUCUUGCCCAUGGCAAGUACGGAUUCGGCCACUGCAUUUGCCUCCUUGACCUUCGCAAUGCCUGGCCCAACCCUUUGUCUGUAUCCUUGCAGGUUCAUGAGCAGCCGAUAGAGCCCGAAUUCUCACGAGCUUUCGACAUCACUGCCGACUCAAGGGGUCAAUACACGGUGCAAGGGGAACUCCAACCAGGUCAAACGUCCCGUUUCGUUCUCGUCCUCCCUAGGGUUCAUUUAGAGAAUCCUCACGCAUCAAUCCCUAUACUGAACACGGGCGUGAAGCGACAAUUCGUUGUUAGUGCUAACAAGCUUUCUUUCGAGGCCGAAGCAGCUUCCCGCGAAGCAUUCUGGUAUCGUGAGGAGCUCCUGCGCCGGAUAUCCGGUUAUUGGAAAGAGAAAGCCGGAGGACGCGCUGGGACAAUCGACCUGCGAAACCUCCGUUUCAACGCCCGAAUGGUAGACGCCUUUCGGUCAGACGACAUCGGCGUAACCUACGCCCUGGAGCCCUUACUGCCUGAUGAGUCAAAUAGCGCCGCAGCCGUGCGCACCGGGAACUCUAAGUACGACGUUCGAACGGAUGAGCUGCUGAAGCUCACCGUCACGGUGCUCAACCGCUCUCCCCGGUCCUUACACUUAAUUUUGCGGCUACAGCCUAGCCUUCGCCAUCAGCCCAGUAACGUGGCCCUCGAUCUUUCGCGACGUCUCGCUUGGACCGGUAUGCUGCAGCAGGUUCUCCCCAUUCUCGACGCCGGAGAGAGCACGACUGCCACCGUCGGCGUAACGGCUCUCUGCCGGGGUGAAUACGAGCUUGGGGCAACAGUCGAGGAACUACGGCUCCUGGUGCCCAAGUCAGAGUCUGGGAGCGAUGUCCCUCCACCUGCACAGCAGGUGGCUUUCCAUGAUGCGGAUGGUAUCAUCACCGAUACUUUCGGUGCGGACGUGGCCAAGAAACGACGAAUCUGGCAUGCUAAAGAGACUUGUGUUAUGAACGCCCAUGAUUGAUAUGCCAAGGGAUUGGGAAGCAAAAGCCCAAGAAUAGAUGGAUGGAUGAACAACAUCCCCCAAUCCCACUUAUGUAUAAGAAAUGGUUCUUGAGACAUAAUACACAUAUGCGUCUUCCUGUUCCUGUCCGGCAGGUUACUAGAAUAAAUGAGCGAGCCUUGAAUGUGCUGAUGCAGUGGAAGCCCUUUUACAUAGCAUUGAACCCGUAAAGUGCACGAUGGCGUUUGCUAGCAUUGCAGGUUCAUCAC